CGCCGACGGGCGAGGUGGUGGGGCGUCCGACCGCCGCCAGAGCUCGGUGCCGAGGUGGUGGUGGAGCCGGUGAUGGAGCGGUAGCGCGACCGCCGCCAUGCCGCCGGCGCUGCUGUUGCUGCUGCUGCUGAUGGCGGCCGUGACGGCGCGGGCCGACAACACCACCCAGCGCUGCGUGCCGGGCCUCCUGCUGCCCGUCUGGGAGCCGCAGCACAGCCUCAGCACUGGAGAUGUGCUGGCGCGCGCGCUCGUCUACUUUCUCUCACUCAUCUACCUUUUUAUUGGCGUGUCGAUCGUGGCCGACCGCUUCAUGGCCUCCAUCGAGGUCAUCACCUCCAAGGAGAAAGAGGUCACCGUCAAGAAGGCCAACGGCGAGACGCAGAUUGUUGUUGUGCGAGUCUGGAACGAGACGGUGGCCAACCUGACGCUGAUGGCUCUGGGCUCGUCGGCCCCCGAGAUCCUCCUCUCCAUUAUUGAAAUAUACGCCAAGAACUUUGAUGCGGGCGCGCUGGGGCCGGGUACUAUUGUGGGCAGCGCCGCUUUCAACCUGUUUGUCAUCAUCGCCAUUUGUGUGUAUGUCAUCCCCGACGGGGAGGUGCGCAAGAUCAAACACCUGCGCGUGUUCUUCGUGACGGCUACGUGGUCCAUCUUCGCCUACGUGUGGCUGUACCUGAUCCUGGCGGUGAUCACGCCCGGAGUGGUGGACGUGUGGGAGGCCCUGCUGACGCUGCUCUUCUUCCCGGCUACCGUGACCACCGCCUACAUCGCCGACCGGCGCAUGCUCUUCUACAAGUACAUGAAGAAGGACUACCGUGUCAACAAGCGUGGCGUCAUCGUGGAGAGCGAAGGUUUGGAGCUGAGCAGGCCUAGCCACGGGCCGGCGGGCGGCGAGCUCAAACAGCUCGACGAGGAGCACGUGGACGAGGCGGUGCGCGAGUUCGAGGAGAACCGACGCGAGUACAUUCGGAUCCUGCGCAAGCUGCGUCAGCUGCACCCCAGCCUCGAGAUGGAGCAGCUCGAGCUGAUGGCACGCGAGGAGGUUCUCAACAGGGGGCCCAAGUCGCGCGCCUUCUACCGAAUCCAGGCCACGCGGAAACUCACCGGAGGCGGGAAUCUGAUGCGGCGCGCGCUGCAGGCGGAACGGCGUGCCAGCACUGUCGACCUCGAUGACGUCAAGAUGGACGACAGCCAGCACGCCAUCCACGUGUUCUUCGACCCGGGCCACUACACUGUGAUGGAGAGCGUCGGGGAGCUGGCGCUGACAGUGCGUCGCGAGGGCGGCGACCCGAACCAGUGCGUGCUGGUCGACUACCGCACAGAGGACGGCUCGGCCAGCGCGGGCAGUGACUACGUGGCCGUCGCCGGCACCCUCUUCUUCGGGCCCGGAGAGAGUGUUAAGACGAUCGGUGUAUCGGUCAUAGACGACGAUCUGUUCGAGGAGGACGAGCACUUUUACGUAAAGCUGAGCGGCCUGCGUCUGGCCAGUCGAGACGGCGCGCCGGUGGGCCAGACGAACGGCAGCGCCGUGCGCCGGCACUCGGUGCCCGAGCUGAGGCUGGUGGCGCCGUUCGUGGCCACGGUGAUGAUUCUGGACGAUGACCACGGCGGCGUGUUCUCCGUGGCCGAGAAGGACGUGGAGAUCGUAGAGUCCGUGGGCACCUACUCACUGCGCGUCUGCCGGUGGUCGGGCGCGCGCGGCCGCGUGGCUGUGCCCUAUGUCACCCUCGAGGGCACCGCCAAGCCCGGAAAGGACUACGAACACUGCCAGGGGGAGGUGGUCUUCGAGAACAACGAAACCGAGCAGUACAUCAACAUACCCAUUAUCGAGGAGGACAGCUACGAAAAGGACGUGCUCUUCUAUGUGGAGCUCGGGGAGCCUCGCUUCCUCUCAGCGGACGCAGGCGCCGUGCUGGAUCUGCAGCGCCGGCCGGCGGCGGAGCUGACCGACCAGCAGCGUGUGGCGCUGCUCGGCCGGCCGCGGCUCGGAGACGCCGUGCGCGCACAAAUCAGGGUCAAGGAGAGCAAGGAGUUUAAGAACACCGUCGACAAGCUGGUGCAGCGGGCCAACGCGUCGUUCCUGGUCAGCACGUCCUCUUGGAAGGAACAGUUCAUCGAGGCGGUGACAGUUUCGGCAGGGGACGACGACGGCGACGACGAGGCCAAGGAGGCGGGCGCGGCCGGCGCGCGGAUGCCCGGCUGCGCCGACUACGUGCUUCACUUCAUCACCGUGUUCUGGAAGGUGCUGUUUGCGUUCGUGCCGCCGACUGAGAUGCGCAGCGGCUACCCGUGCUUCUUUGUCUCGAUCGUGUUGAUCGGCCUGCUGACGGCCGUCAUCGGUGACCUGGCCUCCCACUUUGGCUGCACCAUCCACCUGCGGGACGGCGUCACGGCCAUCUCGAUCGUGGCGCUGGGCACCAGCGUGCCAGACACCUUCGCCAGUAAGGUGGCCGCCGUCCAGGACAGGUACGCUGACGCCUCCGUCGGCAACGUCACCGGCUCCAACGGCGUCAAUGUCUUCCUGGGCAUCGGCGUGGCCUGGACGCUGGCGGCCGUGGUGCACUGGUGGCGCGACUCCGCCUUCGAGGUCGACCCCGGAAACCUGGCCUUCUCCGUGACGCUGUACUGCUGCGAGGCGGCGCUCGCCAUCGGCCUGAUGCUGCUGCGGCGGCACCCUCGCGUCGGCGGCGAGCUGGGCGGUCCGCGCGCCAUCAAGGCGGCCUCGUCUCUGUUCCUGCUGCUGCUCUGGCUGGUGUACGUGGUGAUGUCGGCGCUGGAGGCGUACGACUGCCUGCCGCUGGCGGGCGCCGCCGGCGGCAGCUGAGAGACGCCGGCCAGCUGAGACUCGCCGGCGCGGCGGGGCCGCCACUAGUCAGCCGCCGGGCGGCGCGCCGGGCCGCGGCCGUGGCACGGCGCCGGGCCCGGGCCGCCAGUCGGCGCCGCGUCCGUAGUGUCUACAGGCCGAGUUGAGUAGGUAGCCCGAUACCGGGCCGUCCACGCGCCGCGGAUGGGCCCGCCCAGUGGCCGGCUCCUGUGGUCAGCGCUGUUGCCGCCGCUCGGCUGCGCGCUGCUGUCGGCGUGCGUCUGUCUGUGUGAGUGUGUGGGACUGGUGGUGGCGCCGGGCCGGCCGCCGACCAGGCCGAGGCCGCAGUCAGACAGCUAGUUGUCACCAGUAGACGUCGGCCGAGGCCGCAGUCAGACAGCUAGUUGUCACCAGUAGACGUCGGCCACGCGGGCGGACGGCACCUUCGUUCUUGGAUUUGUUGUUGACAGAUGUUGGUGCCAGAGCUCAGUGCUGGCGUCGUGAUAUAUCAUUUGAAUAAAAUGCAGGUGCCAAUCCAAUG